AUGAAGGAAUUCGAUGCUAGAUUCAAAGACUUUUCUGAAAUAGGAAAACUAUCACAAUUCUUAAAAACCCCUUACGAUGUUCUCCCAGACGGAGAAUGGACUGAUGUAGCUGAAAAAUUAUUUAAUCUUUCAAAGUCAAAACUCCAAAUGGAAAUAAUAGACCUACAGGAAGAUGUUUCCUUGAAGCAAUACAGAAGUGCGUCAACUGAAGAAUUCUGGGCUAAAGAUGCCAUUGACAAGUAUUCAAACUACUCUCACCUUGAGGACACAUUGCGUAUAAGCUGUUCUCCACGAGUUCCCGAUUUCAAAAAGCUGGCUAAGGAAAAGAAAUGCAAUUUUUCGCAUUAA